GAGGCGGAAGGUCUGUACAAGACCAUGGUGAAGCGGUUCCGUCGGGAGAAGGCUGUGUGGCUGAGCUACGGGACCUUCCUGCUUCAGCAGGGUCAGAGUGARGCGGCCAGCGCCCUGCUACAGAGGGCCAUCAAGAGCCUGCCUYACAAAGACAAUGUGGAUCUGAUAGCGAAGUUUGCCCAGCUGGAGUUCCGCUACGGAGACGUAGAGCGAGGAAAGACCAUGUUGGACAGGAUCCUGACCAGCUACCCCAAACGCACCGACCUGUGGUCCGUCUUCAUAGACCUCAUGGUCAAACACGGCUCCCAGAAGGAAGUCCGGGCUGUGUUUGACCGUGUGAUCCACCUGAGUGUGGCGGUGAAGAGGAUCAAGUUCUUCUUCAAGCGUUACCUGGCGUAUGAGAAGAAGAACGGCACGCCAGAGAGCAUCCAGGCUGUCAAGGAGAAGGCUCUGGAGUACGUGGAGUCUAAAGGGACAGAGGCCGCCAGAUAGAGAGACACACACACACGUCAUGUUUUGGGGAUUUUCCAACAGCUGUUGGAAGAAGCAAACUGGCAAAGAGCUCAAGGGGAAGCCUGACCUGAGUGUCAUAACAGCCGAGACACACACACACACACAGAUGUAGCUACACAGAUACACACCCUGCUGUUGGAUAUUCAGAGAAGACAUUUGUUAAUUGCCUGAGAGCUUUCAAAUGGUGACAUGUCACACAUGAUAUGGACCUGGAAAUGUGGGAGGUCAUUCUACCUGGUCGUUUUAACCCAUUUUGGAUAAAUAGCAUAAUUUAAACUAAAUGGACUUUUUUGUGUAUGUAUGGAUGAAAAGGCACGCUGACCUGACUGAAUAGAAUGACUAUCAUUUUGUAAUCAAAUAAAUAACAGUAAAUAACCUGAA